GGUAGGUGUUAUUGUCGGAAGUGGCGAGAGAGAGAUUGUGAUGGCGGCUGCGAUUUUAGCUGAGAAGGUGCCGGUGGACAGCGCAGAAGAGAGGGAGCAGCCCCUGGCGGCUGCCGCGGAACUGGCUGCCCAGAAGCGCGAACAGAGGCUGCGCAAAUUCCGGGAGUUGCACCUGAAGCGGAAUGAAGCUCGUAAAUUAAAUCACCAGGAAGUUGUUGAAGAAGAUAAAAGACUUAAGUUACCUGCUAACUGGGAAGCCAGAAAAGCUCGUCUAGAAUGGGAGCUACAGGAAGAAGAAAAGAAGAAGGAAUGUGCGGCUAGAGGGGAGGACUAUGAGAAAGUGAAGCUGCUGGAGAUCAGUGCAGAAGAUGCAGAAAGAUGGGAGAGGAAGAAGAGGAGGAAAAACCCCGACCUGGGGUUCUCAGAUUAUGCUGCUGCCCAGUUACGCCAGUAUCAUCGGCUGACCAAGCAGAUCAAACCUGACAUGGAAACCUAUGAGAGACUGAGAGAAAAACAUGGAGAAGAGUUUUUCCCAACAUCCAACAGCCUUCUUCAUGGAACACACGUGCCUUCCACAGAAGAGGUUGACAGGAUGGUCAUGGAUCUGGAAAAACAAAUUGAAAAACGAGACAAGUAUAGCCGGAGACGUCCUUAUAAUGAUGAUGCAGACAUCGACUACAUUAAUGAAAGGAAUGCCAAAUUCAACAAGAAGGCAGAAAGGUUCUAUGGGAAAUAUACAGCUGAAAUUAAACAGAAUUUGGAAAGAGGAACAGCAGUGUAAUCCCUUUAGAAACUGUUUUCAGAAGCUUUGAGAAUGCUGGGAAAUUGAAGUUCUCUUCAGAUUUCUACCAGGAAACCAGGACUCCUGUCUACUAUGCCUUCCCACUCAGCAUUUAGAAAUAAAUGUUUUUUCUUAAAUGUACACUUCCAUGUAUAUUUCCGCAUUUCUGUGCUUGGAUAUAAGAUGUAUUUUAAGAGGUAGUGUACUUUGUAAAAAAUCUACUUUGUAUGAAUACUAAUUAUUUUUCUAUGUAUUUUAAAUGGGUAGGAUUAUUUAAUCUUUGAAGCAUCUUGGGCUUAAGAUUGUUGGCAUCAUACAUAAAUGCAGUCAUUGUUGCUUUGAAUGUUAGGAAUUUGACGAAAGCUAGAGCUGGACUCAACAACUUUUUGAGGUUAUAGACUCGGAAGCUAAGUAUAGCAAGGAGGAACAUGGCCGUGGCUACUGGUGGGCUGUUUCUCUCUACCCAUGGCCUUUUAUGACCAAGUUCAGGAAGCAGCAGAACUAUCUUCCUGUGAUUAUUGACCAUGUACAGUUCCUUUUAUAAAAAGCAGAUAGAGAAUCCCUAUGAAGCACUAGCAUUUAAAACAAGAAUUUAUAUAUUUGUAUAUAUAUAUGCAAGAUUAUGUGCUUUCAUUGAAUAAACAUUAAAAUUUUUUUGAUUAUGGGGAAGUCAAAACAGUCAAAAGAAGACUGAGUACAAUGAAUCCCAUAUACCCAAUACCUGUCUUCAGUAAUCAACUCUUGGCCAGUCUUGUUUCAUCUUCAUUUCUAUCUCCUUUCCCCUCCAUGAGUCCCAUGUUAUUUUGAAGCAAAUAUUAAAUGUAUAAUUUUGCCUAUCAGUAACUGAAAGAUAAGACCACUAUACUAUUAUACAACGAUAUUUUAAUAAAAAAGUCCAGAGAGAAA